UUUAAAUGAGAGCCAAACACAUCCUUGAAUGCUACAGUGUAUGAAUUGAACAGUGUACACACAAAGUACACCAAGAAAGACAUGUUCCAUUUUCAAUAGUCCACAACCACCACCUUCAAAUUUUCCACCAUAAUACACUAACCUUUCAACUUCUUCAAUUCCUAUACUAUUCUUUCCCUCAAAUGAAGCUCAAAUCCACCUUUCAAUGAAGAAUCUCAUCACCCACCUCAUCUUCGUCACCGCCAUAAUCAUAUUCUAUCUUUCACCCUCUGCCCAUACUUUAGGCUCCGGCACUACCCUCUCUGUCACAGACUCCCCUGCCACCGUAUGCGGGAUCAUAUCAGGCGAAACAACACAGCACAUUCAGUGUUACCGUGAAGGAGAAGUUUUCAACAUCCUUCCAAACGUUUCAUUUUCUUCAAUCUCUGGUGGAAGAAGCUACUUCUGUGGCUUAAGGUCUGGUAACUACAGUUUACAUUGUUGGGAUAGUUCUUCGUUUCAAACUAAAAGACUUUACUCUAAUGACUCUUUUUUAUUAGAGAAUCUCUCUGUUGGAGAUUUUCAAGUUUGUGCUACUGUGGUUGGUGUUGGAACAGUGCGAUGUUGGAGAACAUUUGAUGGAUUUGAGCCAUCUGGGUUGGAUCAUUUCGGUUCGAUUUCAUCUGGUUCGAAUUUUUCUUGUGGGAUUUUGAAAACUGGUUUACAAGUUCGGUGUUGGGGUGAAAAAACCGUUGCUGAAAGGUUACAGAACGAGUUUCGGAACAUGUCUAUGUUGAGUAUUGUAGCUGGUGGUUCAAAUGUUUGUGGUUUGAAUUCAACUGGUUUUUUGGUUUGCAAAGGAAGUAACAGUUCUGGUCAACUUGAUGUUCCACAAGGUGGUGCUUUUGAGUAUGGUGAUAUAGCACUUGGUGAUGAACAUGGUUGUGCUGUUCGAAGAUUGAAUGGUUCUGUUGUUUGUUGGGGUGGAAAAGGAGAAUUUUCUGCGGAUUCUAUUGAAGGGGUUUCUUUUGAGUUAAUUGUUUCUGGUUCUAAUUUUACUUGUGGUUUGACAACAACCAAUUUUUCUGUUGUUUGUUGGGGACCUGGUUGGUCUAAUGGAUCAAAUGGUUCUGAAUCUAUUCUUCCUUUGUCUCGGAUUCUUCCGGGGCCUUGUGUUCAAUCUUCUUGUAGUGAGUGUGGUAUAUAUCCUGAUUCACAAUCAUUAUGUUCUAACUUUGGUCACAUUUGCAACCCAAAUAUAUGUAACACUCAAAUAACAAGCCCGCCGCCGCCUCCACCAGCACCUUCUCCUCCUCGAUCUUCUCGAUCGAAGACUUUGACAACCGGAUUAUUGGUUUUUGCAAUUGUUGGAUCAGUGGGAGGUUUUAUUGGUAUAUGUACAAUAAUUUAUUGUUUAUGGACAGGUGUUUGUUUUGGGAAAAAGAAAGUUCACAGUUCUGUGCAACCAACAGUCACAAGAGGUAGUAGCAACAGUUCAAAUUCAAGUGCAUCUUCGAUAAAAUCGGUCAUUAUGCGUCAAGGUUCGAGAAUAAUGAGGCGGCAGAGGAGUGGACCUUCAUCAACAAAGCAUCAAGAAAGGGCAGAGGAGUUUAGUCUUUCUGAGCUUAUGGCAGCUACCAACAAUUUCUCAUUCCAGAACAAAAUUGGCGCUGGAAGCUUUGGUAUUGUGUAUUUUGGAAAAUUAACCGAUGGUCGCGAAGUAGCAAUCAAAAGAGGUGAACCAGGUACAAAGCUUAAAAAAUAUCAAGAGAAAGAGAGUGCAUUUGAGUCUGAGUUAGCUUUUUUGUCGCGUUUACAUCAUAAACACUUGGUUAGACUAGUUGGUUAUUGUGAGGAGAAAGAUGAGAGGCUUUUGGUGUAUGAUUACAUGAAGAAUGGUUCAUUGCAUAGUCAUUUGCAUGAUAAGAAUAAUGUAGAAAAAGGUAGCAAUUUGUUGAAUUCAUGGAAAAUGAGGAUAAAAAUUGCUUUGGAUGCAUCAAGAGGAAUAGAAUAUCUACAUAAUUAUGCAGUUCCUUCAAUAAUUCAUAGAGAUAUUAAGUCAUCAAACAUUCUUCUUGAUUCGACUUGGACAGCAAGAGUAUCUGAUUUUGGAUUAUCAUUGAUGAGUCCAGAAUCUGAUAUUGAUUACAAACCAACAAAAACAGCAGGAACAGUUGGUUAUAUCGAUCCCGAGUACUAUGGUUUGAAUUUAUUAACAGCAAAGAGUGAUGUUUAUGGACUUGGAGUUGUAUUACUGGAAUUGUUAACAGGAAAAAGAGCUAUAUUUCGGAAUGGUGAAGAUGGAGGAAAUCCUUUGAGUAUAGUUGAUUUUGCAGUGCCUGCUAUUUUGGCUGGUGAAUUGAUGAAAAUUUUGGACUCAAGAGUUGGAACACCGCCAACGGAAAGUAAUGAAUCGGAGGCGGUUGAGUUAAUGGCGUAUACUGCUGUACAUUGUGUGAAUUUGGAAGGGAAAGAUAGACCAACUAUGGCUGAUAUUGUGGCUAAUUUGGAAAGAGCAUUGCUUAUUUGUGAAGGUGGUAGUAACCAUGAGAUUGAAAGCAUUUCCAGUGUUACUAUCUCUGUUUCAGAUUGAUUUGUCCAAGUUCCAUGGUGAAAACAAAAUGUUGUUGAAUUAUUUUUCUUAGAUUCUUUGUGAUGAAAUCAUACUGGUGUACCAUUGGCAUGUAAAGAUUAACUAGGACUAUCAUCUAACAUUAAGAUGUAGAAUUUUGCUACACUACUAACAUCUAACCAGAAAAAUGGGUUGUUUAGGUUAAACUAACUUGGCAAUUCAUUUUUUCACAAUGUAUUUACAUUCAAGUUAUGAUAGAUUAAAAAAUGGUUUUUGUGUUA